CCUGUGUAUCCGAAAUGGUACAGUCCGGAACUUGAAUCAUUUAGCGGGAAAUCUCCUCUGUCCAAAUGAAGUCACGUUAGUUCACCGAGUUUAGAAACGGACGUGUUUGCUACGUCUUUCAAUGAGUGCCAAAAGGGGCCGGAGAGCCAAAGUGCUCUCUGUGACACAACAGGUGAGUCAGAAAGGUUCAUCCAAUGAUCAAACAGAUUCUCCCAACCUGUCCUCCAUAGAGAGAGGGAGCUUCCUUGAGGGACUGCAGCAGGCUUAUGGUAACCCUCUGCACAGCACGGCCAUGGAGGAUGAUUUGAGCGUCCCAGAGGAGGGUCAAGCGAACCGAGGCAAAGCUGGGGGAAAGGAAAUCCCUCAAAUGGGGAAGAGCGCUUUAAAACAGAGCGGAGCCGGUGCGAAGAGGAAGGAGGUGGAGAGGGACGGGGAGAAUGAGGUGGAACAGGAGAAGAAAAAGAGGAGCAGGAGAAGUACUGGGGGGGCAAGGCCAGCGGAAAAUCAGCAGGUGAAGAAAGGCAAGAAGAGCGAGAGUGAAGCGGAACAAGGAAAGACCAGUGGCGCUGCGCCGCAGGAUAUAUCUGACACGGGCCGUAAGAGAGUGCUGUCCUCGUCUGAGGGGGAGGAUGGAGAUAGGAGUUGGAACCCAAGUCCAAGGAAAGCAAAUGUUUUAAACUUGUCCAGAAGCAGAAAGUCUUCAUCUAAUAAGUCAAAACCUACAGCAUCAUCUUCAGGCAGUGCCACUGCAGGAUCACACAAGCCCAACCGAGAUGAACAGCGGAGGAAGAGACGUGGAGACACCGAGACGGAGGUGGUGCUGGAUGCCUUCCUGGACUUCUGUGACCAGUACAGAGAGUCGGUGGAGUCCAAAGCAGUCCAACAGGCCGUUGAAUCUUUCUCCUCCAACGUCGAAGAGCAACUGUUGGAAAAGAUUUCUUCUUCCAGGGAGUCAAAGGUUCUAAAAAAAGAAAAUGCCAAGGUGGCUUCUUCGAUCCACGCAAAGAAACGGAGACUGCUGGAUGCCAAACAUGAGCUGAUGAGGGCAGAGCGGGAGGCGUGUAAGCUGCAAAAGGAGAAAUCUGACCUUAACGCCCGGUUGGCCGACCUGAGACUAGGGCAAGCCUUUCUGCGGGACUUCAGAGAGCUCAACAGACUAUACCUGGACCACCGACGCAAGCAGCCCAAAGAAAAGGAGACGUACGGGGCGUCCAGCUUGCCUGCUCUGCUGCUGGAGACCAAGCGGGUUAGGACCACUGGGCAUCAGCUGGGAGGGAGCAACUAGCAGCCCAGAGGGAGGCGGAAGAAGAACCCGACUGAGGAACAUGACUUCUGGAGUGUUCUCUGAUAGAUGCAAUAAACGUUUGUCAAAUACUGUACUUUCUUUUUCAUUUACCGUGC